CGGGGAACGUCGGCGGGUGGGCGGGGUCGCUGAGCUCCGCGGGACUCGGCGGGGAAGCGGCCGCCGUGAGUGUGCCCGCAGCCUGGUCCCCCCUCUCCGCGCCCGGCCGGGCCCCGCGCGCCCCCCGCCGGCACAGCGCUUCCCCGCCCACCCCGGCGGGAAGAGCUCGCGGAAACCUUCAGUGAUCUUUGCGGGGCUCGGGGCCACGGGACCCGAAGUGGGCGUCAAGCCGUUACCUGCAGGCCCCUCUCCACCGUGCCGGCCUCCUCCCCGGCUCCUCCCUGCCGCCCCUCAGCCCUCCUCCAGAUCUCGGCCCCCCACCCCCCAGUCCCAGACCCACCCCCCGCCUCCCCUUCUACACGGCUCCUCGGGAUGUUGUUUAACCCCCUAGUCCCCGGCGCUGCUUGCUGCGGGCCUCUUUCCCCCUCCCCCUCCGCCCCGCCAGGAGAUACAGUUGUCGACCCCGAAGAUUUUGGGGGUUAAGGAAGUGCGAGGCGCCUUCGCUUCUGUGAAUGGGACCGCCUCGACCAGCUAGGGAGCGAGGAGCGGUGUUCGGUUUGCCAGGGGCUGUCUGAGCCCCUGAAGGAGCUUAGUGGGAGCUGGAAUCUCCUCUCCAUCUUGGUCCCGAUGUCUGACCAUGGAGAUGUGAGCCUCCCGCCCGAAGACCGGGUGAGGGCUCUGUCCCUGCUGGGCAGCUCUGUGGAGGUAAAUGAAGACAUUCCACCCCGCCGGUACUUCCGCUCUGGCGUGGAGAUGAUUCGUAUGGCAUCCAUUUACUCUGAGGAAGGCAACAUUGAACAUGCUUUCAUCCUCUAUAACAAGUAUAUCACGCUCUUUAUUGAGAAACUACCAAAGCAUCGAGAUUACAAAUCCUCUGUCAUUCCUGAGAAGAAAGAUACAGUAAAGAAAUUAAAGGAGAUUGCAUUUCCCAGAGCAGAAGAACUAAAGGCAGAACUAUUAAAACGAUAUACCAAAGAAUAUGCAGAUUAUAAUGAAGAAAAGAAGAAGGAAGCCGAGCAGUUUGCCAGGAACCUGGCCAUCCAGCAGGAGCUGGAGAAGGAAAGGCAGAGGGUCGCCCAGCAGAAGCAGCAGCAGCUGGAGCAAGAGCAGUUCCAUGCCUUUGAGGAGAUGAUUCGGAACCAGGAGCUAGAAAAAGAGCGACUGAAAAUUGUACAGGAGUUUGGGAAGGUGGACCCUGGCCAAGGCGGCCCCUUGGUGCCUGGCGCGCCCCCCCCAGAAGUGUUCCCCACAGCUCCAGUCCCAUCCACGCAGCCCCCGCACGGCAGCACAACACACAGGCCCACCAAGCCGCCCGUGGUGGACAGGUCCUUGAAACCUGGCGCGUUGAACAACUCAGAAAGUAUGCCAACCAUCGAGGGACUACGCCACGUGGUGGUGCCCGAGCGGCUCUGCCCCCAGUUCCUCCAGUUAGCCAGCGCCAAUACUGCCCGGGGAGUAGAAACAUGUGGAAUUCUCUGUGGAAAACUGAUGAGGAAUGAAUUUACCAUCACCCAUGUUCUCAUCCCCAAGCAAAGUGCUGGAGCCGAUUAUUGCAACACCGAAAAUGAAGAAGAGCUUUUCUUCAUCCAGGAUGAGCAGGACCUCAUCACACUGGGCUGGAUUCAUACUCAUCCCACACAGACCGCCUUCCUCUCCAGUGUCGAUCUGCACACUCACUGUUCCUACCAGAUGAUGCUGCCAGAGUCAAUAGCCAUCGUUUGCUCUCCCAAGUUCCAGGAGACUGGAUUCUUCAAACUGACCGACCAUGGAUUCAAAGAGAUUUCUUCUUGUCGCCAGAAAGGCUUUCAUCCACACAGGAAGGAUCCCCCUCUGUUCUGUAAUUGCAGCCACGUGACAGUUGUGGACAGAGCCGUGACCAUCACAGACCUUCGAUGAGAGAGUGUGAUUCAAAUUCCUUCCAAGAACUGUUAAUCCAUAUCAGUGUACUGUAGCCCCUUACUUUAAAUGUCCAGAAAGCUCUGGGAAUUAUUUUCAAUACAAAUUGGAAAGUAUUAUCUGGGGGUGAACUGAUUUUCUGUUUCUGAUAUGAAAAGAAAUAAUGAACUGUAUCUUUUAGGCAAGUCUGGAGGAUAAGACCGUCACACUAAAGCGAUAUGACAGUCCACUGCCUAGUAUGAAAGCAUUAAGUGGGAAGCAUGGUUGAAAUGAACACUCACAUAUAUCCUUUGUUCUACACUGACCAAGUAUUGACAUGUUUCCCCCCCCCUCAGCUGUCCUCCUAACCUCCCUCCCAAUUGGCUUCUAGUUUACUUUUGGACUAACCCAGGGCAUCUCUGAGCCACUGAGUGGCUGUUUGGGCGUGCCCAUGGCUUGUGGUGGGGUGAAUGACGCCGGCCAGAGGCCAGACCACUCACCAUAUCCGACCGGGCGGUGAGGCUCAGAAAUGCUCGAGUGAUUUUUUUCAGGAAGUCUUGUUAUUUAACAAAUGUUUCAGGAUAUUUUUUUUUCUCUGUAAUAAAUUUCAAAGUAACUUUU